AUGGACCUCGCAGGGAGCGCGUUACCCGCGUCGGCGUGGGCGGCGGUGACGGAGGAGGUGGCGGUGGGGUCGCUGGCCGUCAGCAGCAGCGCCGCCGCCGUGGCCGCGCUCGCGAGGGACGCGCGCAUCACCGCCGUCGUCGUUCUCGAGGAGGAGGGGAGCUAUGGCGCGCGGGGCACGGGGUGGGAGGAGGAGAAGCGGGCGCUGCAGGACGCGGGGCUGGUGGCCGUGUGGGUGCCCAUUCGCGAAACCGACUCCGCGGAGCAGGCAGCCAUGCUACCACAGGCAGUGCGCGUGGUGGCAGCGCUGGCAGCCAUGGGCCACAGGGUGCUGCUGCGCUGCCCCUCAGCUGCCCGCCUCUUCCCCCUCAUCGCCCUAGGGUACCUGGUGCUAGCCAAGGGCAUGCCUGUGAGCGCAGCUCUGGCGGUGGUGAAGGAGAGCAAGCCCAACGCCGACCCGCCUGUCAACGUGCUCAUGGAGGCGAGGGAGAGGCUGCUGGCGGGAAUGACAUCACGGGUGAUAACGAUAGCAGAGGCCGUCUAUCACACGCGCUGCACCACGGGGCAGCACGGCGACUCCCAGUCCGACUGGGCCCAAGCACAAGAGCAGUGCUCGCGGGAGCUCUUUGACAAGUGGCUCCUCGCUGACGUCAGCUUUGCCCGCUCUGUUGCUCAGUCCGCAGAGCACCAAGUGAGGACCAAGGCACAAGAGGCGGACGCAGCAGCAGCAGCAGUGGCGGAGCGAGCAGCAGAGGAGGAGCAGGGCGAGAGGGCAGCAGACCCGUUGAAGGGCCUGUUCGACCCCUCUUCAACGGUGACCAAGCCAGAGUCAGACCCGAGCAGCAACGGCGCCAGCAACGGCAGUAGCAGCGCUGACAGCAAUGGUAGCGGCAUCAGUGUUGGCGAUUCAAGCAAUGGUAACAGCAGCCCCUUAAGUAGCGGUUACGAUGUUACCACGGGCACGGGACUCCCCUCUCUCGCGCCUGACACCCCUCCCGAGCUCCAGGCAGCCAAUGUCAGGGUGGAGACCUUAUCUGCCCAGCUGGCAGAGGCGCGUGAGUGGCUUGCUGAGCUGGAGGCGUCCAGCAACCAGGUCCUCGCUGACGUGGCGUCACGGACGGCUGAGAUCGAAGCGCUGAAACGCAGAGAGGCCCUCUGGGAGGAGGAGUUGGAGGCAGCAAAGGUGAAAGAGACUGCUAUGAGGGAACAGCUGAGAGUGAAGCAGACAGGAGGUGUGCAGCAGGUGCGUGCUCUGGGAGAGGUGGAGGAAGAAAUUUCAGCUCUGAAAUUAAAGGUGGCAGAGGGAGAGGAGAGGAACGCCGAGGUGGAGAAGGAAAUUGGAGAGCUUCGGGCACAGGUGGACGAGGCAAAGGGGCAGCUGAGGAGCGAGCGAGCAGUGGCAGAGGAGGCAGAGGAGAGAGUUGCAGCGGCAAACGAGAAAGUGCGGGAGGAGGUGGAGCGGGCGGCACGGGCGCGGGCGGCGGCGUGGACGGCAGCGGAGGAGAGGAGGGCGGGGGUCCAGGAGCUGGCGGUGGUGCGGACGGGGCGGAAAGAGGCGGCGGCACGGGCGGCGGCGGAGAGAAUAGAGGAGCUGCAGGUGCAGGCAGGGCUGCUGGCAGAGCGGGUGAAGCAGGCUGAGGUGGUUAGCGUGGAGGCUGACAGCCGUGCCGGGGCGCUGGAAGCACAGAUGGCGGUGCUGGUAUCACGCACGGCAGCAGCGCAGCAGAGAGCAAGUGCAGCAGCGGCGCGAGUGACGUUCCUGAGUGGGCACUUCAACUCACUUGAGAUGACCUCUGCUGAGGCUGCUCGCAGGGCGGAGAGGGUGGAGAGCGAGGUGGUUCACCUGCAGGGGCGGGAUGCUGAUGCUGCUGCUGCCGUGGCUGCCAAUGCCGAGGCUAUCAGCCGCUUGUCGCUGUAUGUAAGCCGCUUCUCUCCAUUUUUCCUUUCCUGCUCUCUCUCGCCCUCCCCACUUCGCACUUCUUUCACCACUGCCCACCAACUUCUCUACCCUCCCCCUGUUCUCAUCCCUUCUCCACUACCCUCCCUGGCCCCCCAGGCCAUGCAUCUGAAGGACAGCGAGGCGGCCCAAGCCCAGCGGGAAGCCGCCCUGUCAGUGCACCUGCCGGCCGCGCAGCAGCAGGGCGAGGAGCUGCGGGCGCAGGCCGCCGCCUUCUCCGUCCAGCUGGCAGCCAUGGCGCGCCACGUCACCCGGCUCAAAGCUGAGCUGGACUGGGUGGACGCGCACGGGCGGAGGCGCGAGGCAGGCUCAGCACUCUCAGCACUCUCGGAGGAGCAUGGCACAGACGCGGAGGAAGCAGGGCUGAGCUGGAGCCUGUCUCUGGACACAGACGCCUCUUCCCUCAGCACUCUCAGCCCUCUGGGGCCUCUCAAUCCCCUUGCGGCGUUGGCACCACUGGCAGCGGUGGCAGAUGCCGCACAGAGCGUGGCGAGUUCAGUGGGGGUGGAGGUGGGAGGUGGAGGAGGGGGGGGAGGGGGUGCGGAGGGGAAUGAGGGGUGGGUGCGGAGGGAGGUGGGCGUGCAGGGAGCAGCGGUGGCGGCGGAGGGUGAGCUGGAGGGACAGAUGGAGGGCGUGGAGGACCCUCUGGAGCUGCUCAAGGUACUAAUGGACCGGGUAUCAGAGGAGGCAUCAGCCAUCACGCACCGCAGUGCCCACCUGGUCUCCGAGGCCCAGCAACUGCGAGAAGCACUGGACGCACAGCUGGCGGAGCAGGACGCCGCCUGCCAGGUGGACGGGCGGCCGCUGCGGGAGGUGGUGGGGGAGGUGGAGCAGCAGGCGCAGCAGCAGCAGGAGGAGCUGCUGCAGCAGGCGGGCACGCUGCAGUGGGCGCUCGGGGGGUCACUGGCGCUGGCUGUGGUGGCGCCGCUGGCCAUUUACAACAGCUACUUCUCCGAGACUGCUCGAUCCAACCAGAUCAACACCCUGUCGGCCCAGCUGGAUGCAGCCACACAGGCGAGCAGGGCAUUGGAGCAGGUAGCAGGGGAGACAGAGGCAGAGAGCGUAGAGGCAAUGGCGCGGUUACACACCAUGGAAGCAGAGGUGGAGGCCCAGCGUGCUGCCGUUGCGCGGUUACAAUCGCUCGUCCCCCUCGUCGCUCCCUCUGUGGAGUCUGACGAAGCUGCCCGGUUCUGCCAGAACGUGCCGCAGGAGUAUCAGUCACCAAUCACGGAGCAGAUUUGUGACGGGCUGAGGCAGAGUGGCAGGGUGGAGGCCAAGAGGGGUGAUGGUCCGUCGGGUGGCAAUGGGGCGGCACAAGGAGGGCGGUUUGGGUUCAACAACCCUUUCAAUCUUGGCUGGAAGCGGUGGUGA